UCGCGCUCUGGCUUCAGAGGCCCCAGGAGCACGCCGUCGGGGGCGCUUCCUCCGCGCAGGGCCGCCGCGCAGCAGACGAUGGCCAGCGCGCUGGCACGGCAUCCCCUGCUCGUCGGCGAGCUUGGGUCCACGGCCGAGCUGGGGUUCCUGGCCCAGCGGCCCUGGCGGAAAGAGACAGUCGGGAAGGAGUUGCCGGACCAGGGCCUUCCCGCGAUCGACCGCGGGUGGGUGUCCCGGGCCGCUGUGCAGGCCGAUGCGCCACCAGCGAGCACGGUCGACGCCCCCGCUCCGCGCCGCCUGCAGAGGGUCAGCAGUCAGCCCCUCAAGAGGCGCGGCCAGGCGGGCAUUCUCGAAAGUGUUCCAUGUCGACACUUGGCCUCUCACGACGUCCACCCUGAUGGUUCUGGCGUGCGCAGUUGGCCACUCACGAAGCAGCGGCCUCAGCAGUUGGCCUCAUCAGCGGGAGCGCACUGCAUGAUGACGCGGAGCCAGCCGUGCAAGCUGUGCGGGUGUGUGGUGGAGUCUAGCCUCGCGGUCCGCCGUGGGCUGGCGAUCUUUGUAGACACCCGAUGGAGGCUGUCGAAGGAUGGCGUCCCGCGGAACGAGCCUUCGGCGGCGAGCAGACUCCUCAACGGCAGCAGUGCCGGCAUUGCCAGCAGGAUUUGCUCCAGCUGCGCUGGCGACUCCAGUCUCGACGCGACCAAGCCAUGUUCCGCCAAACAUGUCCGCAAGGAAGACCUCGGUGACGCCCUGACGAGCUUUCCGGGGCAGAUGCCGACCUGUCCAAGGAGCUCUCGUGACGCUUCGGAGAUCUUAUCGUGGCGGACGUCGACCGGCUCGACAGCGUCGGCGAUUUCUAGUGCAGGCUCUGCCAGCCCCUGGCUACCGCGCGAUUGGUCCAUGCAUUCGUGCAGGGUGCGCGGCACCCACAACGAGCAGCGUAAGUCCAAGUUCCAGCAGCGCGCCUGGCUCACGCUGAUUGUACAUUCGGAGAUGUUUUGA